CACUCGGGCCCAGUACACGAAGUAGGGGGAAAGUUGAAGCCUCGGUCUCGAGUGAUUUGGAAGCUCGGCACAUGAGGGGCAGAUCCUCCCUUUGUCUCGGAUGAAGGGUGGGGGUGGGGGAUUCUUUGAAUAGAAAGGGUUAAAUCACCGAGGGCGGAGAUCACCCUUGUUUCCGACACUACAGGUCUUCCCCUCCCAAGCACACACAGCCCAGUCACCGGCUUCCGCCGCUCAGAGCCUCAGGACUGGGGUGUGAUCUGCAUUUAACACCCCUGCGGGCCGAUGCCCAUGGAGGUGAAGUGGCCGUUCGCCCGGCGCCCGGGGCUGGGCUGGCGGCUCGGCAGCGCCCUGGUCACCGGGUUGGUGGGGCUCUACAGCCGCAUCUGGACCCAAUACAUGAACCAGCUGCUGGUCCACAACAAGGAGACCCUGUACGAGGCAAUUGAACAGCGCCCACGCGGCAAGCCCCUCAUCACUGUUGCCAACCACCAGUCCUGCAUGGACGACCCACACAUCUGGGGUGUCCUCGAGUUGAAGCAGUUGUGGAGAACUCGGCGAAUGAGAUGGACUCCCACUGCAGCCGACAUCUGUUUCACUAAAGAACUGCACUCACGGUUUUUCAGCCUGGGGAAAUGUGUUCCUGUGUGCCGUGGUGAUGGUGUUUACCAGAAGGGGAUGGACUUCCUGCUUGAGAAGUUGAACCAUGGUGACUGGGUGCACUUCUUUCCAGAAGGGAAGGUAAACAUGACGCAGGAAUUCAUGAGGCUCAAAUGGGGAAUCGGUAGGCUCAUUGCCGAGUGCUCUCUGAGUCCCAUCAUCCUCCCGCUCUGGCAUGUUGGCCUGUGUGACGUGCUCCCCAACAAGCCCCCGUACUACCCCCGCAUCGGGAAGAGAAUCACUGUCUACAUCGGGAGACCCUUCACACUUGAACGGAUGGUGCAGCAGCUGAGGGCCGAGAACCGGACCCCGAUGGAGAUGCGCAAAGCCCUGACAGACUUCAUCCAGGACGAGAUGUGGAAGCUGAAGGCACUAGCUGAGGCGACUCACCAACGUUAUCACCAGCCGCGGCAGCCCUGAAUGGAGAGCGGUCAGAGGCCACUCAGCAGUCCAGCGCCACUACUGGACAUGCCCUGAACAGAGAGGGGCAGAGAGAGCUUCCAGCUGCCAGUCCGGUCCUUCCCUGGCCUUUGGGUGCUCUGUAGGGAGUGUGCGGUGGGAUAUCCGGGUCAUCGGCUUAGCCCUGGGCCACAGCCCCAUUGCUAACGAUUUCUGGUGGGCGCUAACCCACACACCCCUUCCCCCGGUCACUGAUGGAUCCUACCCUGUGAGGUCACUCCCCUCACCAGUGACGUCACCCCUCCUCCCAGGUCACCCACAUUGGUUAGUGACAUCACAUCUCCCUGACUUCUGUCAGUGAGGCCAAGCUCCUCCCAGUGAUGUCACCUGCACACUAUUCCUGUCCCUCUCUUAACCAUUCUCGUCCCCUCCCACAGAUGCAAGCCCUUUUCAGCAUCGUCCCUCAGGACCCAGGUCCCACCCCCCUCCCUUACCGGCUCCUGUGGUUCUACUCCUCUGGGUGCAGGUCGCGCCCAUCGUGACCGAGGGGCUGCCCUCAAUUCCAGUGGUCCCACCCCUCAGUUCCUUUGACCCCUGCACUCAGGACCCAGGUCCUGCCCCUCUGUUCCUUUGACCCCGCCACGCAGAAUGCAGGUCCCAACCCUUCGGCUCUGUGGCCUUGCCUGCCACAAUCCAGGUCCAGCCCCUUGGUUUUGAGGCUCUGCUCCUCAGGACCCACGUCCUGUCCCUCGGCCUUGUUGAGGGCUGCCAGGCCUGCAGGAAGGGUUCAGGGGAUUUGACACAAGGAUUACGCCAGUCACAAUGUCCUGUACUCGUGUACGUUAAUCGAAAUACACAACUCCGU